CAGAGCUUAGAGGAAGUCAUGGCAGAUAAAGAAGUCGCUCCCGCCGCCCCGGCCCCGGCCAAAGCACCGAAGAAGAAGGUUUCCAAACCCAAACCGGCUGGUCCCAGCGCCAAAGACCUCAUCAUUGCUGCUGUGUCCGCAUCCAAGGAGCGGGGCGGCACGUCUCUGGCCGCCAUCAAGAAGGCUCUGGCUGCCGGCGGAUACGAUGUGGACAAGAACAAGGUCCGCGUCAAGACCGCCGUCAAGGGCCUGGUCGCUAACGGGACUCUGACCCAGACUAAAGGGACCGGGGCCUCCGGAUCCUUCAAGCUCGCCAAGAAGGCCGCCGAGCCCAAGGCCAAGAAGCCCGCAGCUAAGAAACCUGCAGCUAAACCUAAGAAGCCCGCAGCCAAGAAACCUGCAGCGGCCAAGAAGCCCAAGGCAUCGGCAACAAAGAAGCCAGCAGCCGCAAAGAAGUCUCCCAAGAAGGCCAAGAAACCCGCAGCGGCCAAGAAAGCCACCAAGAGCCCCAAGAAGGCCACCAAGCCCGCCAAGAAGGCUACACCCAAAAAGGCUGCUGCAGCCAAGAAAGCCCCCGCAAAGAAAGCUGCUGCCAAGCCCAAAGCCAAGAAAGCAGCACCCAAGAAGAAGUGAGCGCCACAUCACUCUCAUCACCAAAGGCUCUUUUAAGA